GGGGAGGAGAGGGAGGGAGGGAGGAGGGAGAGAAAGGGAGAAAGGAAGGAGCAGGCGGGCGCUGCGUGUGUCUGAGUGUGCCAGUGUGAGUGAGUGUGAGUGCCGGGCCCUGCCUCUCCCGCCUCCCCAGCAGAGGGGCCCGGUGGCCGCGGGCGGGCGGGCGGGCGGGCUGCUCGGAGGCAGAGGCAGCAAGAGGCGGCGGCGGGCAGAGCCGAGGAGGAGGAGGAGAGAGGAAAGAGCCGAGCAGCCAUUGUUGAGGGAAACCUUGCAAACAAAGAAGGCUCCGGACUCCCCGCGGCCCCCCGCCCCCCAGGCCGGCCCCCUGGCCCCCGGUCCCCGGCCCAGUGGCCAUUGUAACUUUCCCCCCGGGCUGCGGACGCCGCGGGGCGGGCGGAGGCUGUGCAUGCGAGUCUUUGUGCGGCCUGCGGAGUGGAGCUCCCCGCCAGACCGGCCGGUCCCACUCGGGACAUGAGCUGCUGAAGUUGGCUCCACCUAAGUCCUCGCCCUUGCCAGGGUCCCUGAGGGCUUCCAGGCGCUCCCCGCACCUUCCCCGACCCACUCAGUUCUCCCAGGUUGUUCCUCAAAGUCAUUCAAGCUGUACUCGCCGAAGGAGCCCCCGAACGGCAACGCCUUCCCUCCCUUUCAUCCCGGCACCAUGCUGGAUCGGGAUGUGGGCCCAACUCCUAUGUACCCACCUACAUACCUGGAGCCUGGGAUAGGGAGGCAUACACCCUAUGGUAACCAAACCGACUAUAGAAUAUUUGAGCUUAACAAGCGGCUACAGAACUGGACAGAGGAGUGUGACAAUCUCUGGUGGGAUGCUUUCACGACUGAGUUCUUUGAGGAUGAUGCCAUGUUGACCAUCACUUUCUGCUUGGAGGAUGGACCAAAGAGAUACACCAUUGGCCGGACCUUGAUCCCACGAUACUUCCGCAGCAUUUUUGAGGGAGGUGCUACGGAGCUGUAUUACGUACUUAAGCACCCCAAGGAGGCAUUCCACAGCAACUUUGUGUCCCUCGACUGUGACCAGGGCAGCAUGGUGACCCAGCACGGCAAACCCAUGUUCACCCAGGUGUGUGUGGAGGGCCGGUUGUACCUGGAGUUCAUGUUUGACGACAUGAUGCGGAUAAAGACUUGGCACUUCAGUAUCCGGCAGCACCGAGAACUCAUCCCCAGGAGCAUCCUGGCCAUGCACGCCCAGGACCCCCAGAUGCUGGAUCAGCUCUCCAAAAACAUCACCCGGUGUGGGCUUUCCAAUUCCACUCUCAACUACCUCCGACUCUGUGUGAUACUCGAGCCCAUGCAGGAACUCAUGUCCCGCCACAAGACCUACAGCCUCAGCCCCAGAGACUGCCUCAAGACCUGCCUUUUCCAGAAGUGGCAGCGCAUGGUAGCACCUCCUGCGGAACCUGCGCGGCAGCAGCCCAGCAAACGGCGGAAACGGAAGAUGUCAGGGGGUAGCACCAUGAGCUCGGGGGGCGGCAACACCAACAACAGCAACAGCAAGAAGAAGAGCCCAGCCAGCACCUUCGCUCUCUCCAGCCAGGUACCUGAUGUGAUGGUGGUGGGGGAGCCCACCCUGAUGGGCGGGGAGUUCGGGGACGAGGACGAGAGGCUCAUCACUCGGCUGGAGAACACGCAGUUUGACGCGGCCAACGGCAUUGACGACGAGGACAGCUUUAACAACUCUCCUGCACUGGGCGCCAACAGUCCCUGGAACAGCAAGCCUCCAUCCAGCCAAGAGAGCAAAUCGGAGAACCCCACGUCACAGGCCUCCCAGUAAAGGCCCUGCCAUGGCCACCCAGUGCUCUGCCUGCCCCACCCCUCACGGCCCCAGGGAGCAGAAGAUGGAAUAGGAGACUGAGCAUCUGCAAUGGGCAACCUCCAUCCACCCACUUCAGGGAGGAACUGGACUCACUGGGGCAGGUGCCAAGAUUUGCCCCCCAGUUACCCUGGGCUGGGCCUGGCCCCUGCAGAGCCUUUUGGGGGAAGGGGGUACUCUUGUGGAUGCCUAUGUGGACCCUGGGCCUCUGAGAAAUGUCCUGACCCUCCUCUCCCCAGGGCAUUUGCCCCCAUUCUCACCCCAGGUUCUGGGUGUCCCAGCCUCCUGAUUUGUCCUCUGAGCCUGGUGUUUAUACCCACAGCCCUUAGGGGCUUAAAGUUAUGGGGCUUGGUCGAAUGCCUUUCCCCUAAGUGGCUGUUAAUAGAGGGUAAAAUUCUGGGCUCCUCCCUUCUGCCACUUACCCAGCUCCAAGUUUUUAAAAAAAAAAUAAUAUUAUUAAAAAUGUAAAUUAAAAAAAAAGUCACUCAUGUUCCCCUAUUCCCCUCUUGCAAAUCCAGCUACCUCCCUCCUUCCGGCUGAUGGAGGGCCCAGGGCCCAGGUGGGGUAAGAGUUGGGGCAGGGGAGUAUGCCUCCCAUUUUAUACAGUUUGAGACGCUUCAGACCAAGGAGACACGUUGCCAUCUCUCUUCUCUUCCCCUGGGGUGACUGGAGUUGGGGGCAGCAUGCCAUCGCUUAGGGAUGGGAUCACUGAUGACCACAUCCUUUGACAACCCCUGUUGUCUGUCCCACCACGGUGUGUAUUUUUACAGUCCUACCAGAGCAGCUGUCUUGGAUGGGUGGGGAGGACAGAGUGAAGGGGCCGUUUCGUUUGUCACUGUGCUUUCUUGUCUCAGUGUGUCAGGAAUAGGAUGAGAGGACCUUAUCCACUUGAUUCCAGAACCCUCCUCUCCUAGCCCUCAAACUGUGUAUUUUAGUCCUAACCUCUCUUUCACUGAGGGAAAGGAGCUUAUGCCCACCAGGGAGAAAAGGCCUCUGCCCUCCCCCAAGCUGAGGUAGACAUUCCCCUCCCAGUGCCCCCUCCCUCAUAGAAGGGGGGACAGUCAGUAGCCUCAGCUCCAUUUCCUAAUUGGAGCAUGUGGUCAGGGUGAGUAGAGGCCAGGAGCAGGGUUCUGUGGUUCUAUGGCUCAUGGCUCUGCUGCCUUUUCCUGUGGCCAGUCCCAGAGUGUGUGGGUACCUCCUCUCUCCCCGUUCUCCCUUUUGGAUUAUGGGGUCCCUUGUGCCCUGCUUCCUCCAUGCCAGCCACUUUUGGGAGGAUGCUGUCAGGAGCCAAAGGAAAGGGUGAGGAAGGUGGAUGUCCCAUCUCUACUGUAAUGAUUUUUUCUUCUCCUAUUUUUUUCUUUCUUUUUUC